AGGAGCCAUCUCAUCCUCAGCUCUUCCCCGCCUGGAUCGAGCUCCAUCCUGGGUGCAUGAGCAGCCUACCAUGGCCAGCUCCAGGCGAGGCCUCCUCCUGCUCCUGGUGCUGCUGACUGUGCAUCCUGGACCCUCAGAGGCUCAGCACUGGUCCCAUGGCUGGUACCCUGGAGGAAAGCGAGCCCUCAGCUCAGCCCAGGAUCCCCAGAAUGCCCUUAGGCCCCCAGCAGGCAGCCCAGCCCAGUCUGCCCAUGGCCUCUCAAGUGAUGCCCUGGCUCCCCUGGAAGACAGCAUGCCCUGGGAGGGCAGGACCACAGCCUGGUGGGCCCUUCGCCAGAAGCAGCACCUGGCACAGACACUACUGACAGCAGCCCGAGAGCCCCGCCCCGCCCCGCUGUCCUCCAAUAAAGUGUGAAGUCUCUGAAGCUGUUCCCUCGAGUUCUGUCCAUCCCCUCCCUCUCCUCCCCGCUAAGACCGUUCCCCGCGUGAGCGUUGGAGAGACGCGGGCCCGGCCCCGCGGGUGGGAGGAACGACCGGAUGGCCCAGGGCCCUGCCGGGA